AUGGUCAUCUCGCGGUGCUGCUCGCCGGGCGUGCAGAUCGCCUUGAAGUGGUGUCGGGAGUACCUCGACGCCGGUCACCGGGCGUGGCACUUCAUCGAGUCGACCUACCAAGUCACCGACGACCUGUACAUCUCCCAGCUGGAAGGACAGCUGACGCACCUGCGUAUGGGCGACGAGGAGACAGCGACCGACUACUGCAACCGGGCCCGGCGAAUUCUCGCCACCAUCAGGAUGGCCGGCGCGCAGUACUCCACGGCGUCGUACGUCACCCACGUCAUGCAGGGGCUCUCAAGCAGCUACAACCUCCUGAAGUGGGUGUCCAUGGCGCCGAGCACGAAGAUGACGCUCAACGAGGAUAACCUCACCUCGUAUAUCCUGCAGGACGAGGCGAUGCAGGAGGCCGAGCGAUCCCAGGAGCUAUUGGCGCAGGCCAACUUCGUAGCCCCGACGAAGCAGGGAGGCCGACCAGGGCAGCGUGGGCAGUCGAGCGGCGGCAGUAGCGGUGGCUGGAAGCUGAGCAAGGACGCCGACAAGAAGAAGUCGGCUAAGGAUAGUGGUCGUGGAGGCGGAGGCCGACGCCGGGAAUGCUGGCUGUGCGGCGACCCCGACCACCUCUCCUUCGAGUGCCCCGACCGCAGUGACUCCGAUGACGACGACGCCAAGGGAGGCGGAGGAAGGUCUGGUAGCCGCCAUCCUCGUCGAGGUGGAAGUAAGCCGCGCAAGAAGAAGCAGUCGACCAAGUCGACCUCGGCGAAGGACGCCGACUCCUCUGUUGGCGGCAAGGCGAAGGACGACAAGAUGGCGUCGUGCUCGUUGGUCGGCGUCGUGGAGCUGACCGUAUCGCUGGCGCCGGAGGCCGGGGAGGACUUCCGGGCGGUGGCGGCAGCUGUGCAGGCGAACCCGGCGGUGGUCCUGCUCGACAGUGGUUACUCGCAACACCUGAUGGGCACGAAGGAGGCCUUCGUCAACCUGGGGCCGAGCGGCGACGUGAAGCACGUGCGCGGCUUCAAUGGGGCGCUGCAGGACCCGGCCAGCUGA